AUGAGUGGUUUGGAAGAUAAGCGUUCUUUACCAUGGAUUUACUUUUUUAGACAGCUUUUCAUCUGCAGUGGGAUAUGGUCUUGUCUGUUCUUCUUGGGGCUGUGCGUUGGGUCUCCAACCAUCAUCAUCCCUCAAUUAAGAAGAGAAGCAAACUCCACUGAUGCCGUCAGCAAAGAAAUGGCUUCUUGGUUGUCUUCUGCAUUCAGCUACAGCGGCAUCCCUUGGUCUAUCAUCAUUCCCAUCCUCAUCGCGGCAGUUGGAAGGAGGAUCACCCAAACAAUUGUCUGCGUCUGCAGUCUUAUAGGUUUCAUCAUUCUCUAUACCAGCUCCAGCGUUUACCUAAUCCUAAUCAGUGAAAUAUUUCAAGGUGCCCUUUUCGCAUCAUUCUUAACAAUUUCAGUUAUAGUCAUUACCGAAUACACUUCAUCACAGUAUCGAGGAAUAUUCCUCACACUUAAAUCUGCAACAUUUUUCUGGGGCGUUCUAAUUUCCAAUACAAUUGGAACCUUCUUCCAUUGGAGAAAUAUAGCUGUGUUAGGUAUAAUUUGUUCAUCAUAUAGUUUACUUACAAUUUUAUUAUGGCCAGAAUCACCGCUCUGGUUGGCAAAGAAAAGGCGUUUUGAUGAAUGUUCAAAAGCUCAUCGUUGGUUAAAAGGAUUCGACAUAGAUGCAGAAAGAGAGCUUGAUAAAAUUAUUGCUAACAAUCAAAAAAUUUAUAAAAAGACAUCUAUAAGAACUGAUGUAUUGGAAUCGAUUAAGAGCAUGCACGAGCCGGCGUCGAACCGCAACUAUUGGCGGACGGGUGCAAUUGACAGCACACCUCAAUUUAUGGCCAUACUGUCUAGCGGGGAAACUGGGAGCUGUAGUGAUACUGGAAACGGCAUGGGAAAUGUACGAAAAUGGGCGACGAUUUUUGCCCACCAGGCAGGCUGCUUCGCGCCACAUGACCAGAACGCCGAGGUCGCCCGCGGCAAGUGA